CACCACGCGUUUCCCGUUGUCUGUACCUUCUUCACCAUCUCUCCGUGCUCGUGCUGCUCUCUGCUGUGUGUUUGUCUACGCCUUGUGUUUCACAGCCCAGACGUGAGAAGGGCGUCUGCUAAUACCGCUGUAGGAAAAUUAGCGGAAAUAAACCAGCGCAGGAAGACCUCAUAUUAUAAACGCAGCGAAACUCCACACCGUCUUUGCUCACAGUCGCCCAGAGGAGUCUGUCUGCGGUAGCUAUCUGACAGGACAGCAGCCACCGAGAGGAAGGGUAUACGCCAGAAACUGAAGAGUUUCCACCACCCUCACGGCCUCUCUUCUGUCCAGACAUGGCUGAUCUGCUGAGGCUGCUGCUCAAGCUGUCAGAGAAAGCUGCAAAUGUGGCUCGGGUCUGCAGGCAGGAGGCUCAUCUCUUCCAGCUCCUGGUCCAGGAGAAGACCGGAGAUGACAAAAACAAGAAGUUUGUGCAGGACUUCAAGACACUGGCCGAUGUGGUGAUCCAGGAGAUGAUCCGGCAUGAUGUGGUAGCUGAGUUUCCAGAAAUGGGCAGCUUCAUUCGUGGAGAGGAGUCGAACACGUUUGUAAAUGGACUUGGGGAGACCGUGACGGUCACGGUGUGUCACAAGGAGAAGGAUACUGCUGACCUGUUGGCCAAGGUGUUGGAUAAAGACCACAAGGCCGCGUCCCUGCUGGCUCAAGCCAUCCACCAAGACCCAGAGGCCAUCAAAGCUGACACGGAACACGUGUUUAUUCCCGUCGAGCCAUCUGAGCUUGGCAUCUGGAUCGACCCUAUAGAUGCCACCAGUCAGUACAUAGAGGGCCGUGAGGAGGUGCUGGAGGAGGGGUGCUUGUCUCCUUCGGGUUUGCACUGCGCGCUGGUUCUGAUUGGUGUUUACUUCCGGAGUACGGGCGAGCCCGUCAUGGGUAUCAUCAACCAGCCCUUUUAUCAUAAAGAUCCACAAAGCAGAAGGUGGAGAGGGAAGCUGUACUGGGGUGUGACCUGCUACGGCCAUAAUGUCUGUUCGUUGCCGAAGCCCAAAGCCGGGGCCGAGUGGUGCCCGUCUGUAGUGCUGAGCUCCAGUGAGAAGAAGGAGGUGAAGAAGGCUCUGUGCUCCCUGUGCGGCUCUGAGAAGCUGAUGUACGCCUCUGGAGCUGGGUACAAGAUGCUGUGCGUCAUCCUGGGCCUGGCUGAUGCUUACGUCCUGUCAGAGGGAAGCACCUUUAAGUGGGAUUCUUGCGCUCCACACGUCUUGCUCCGGACCUUCGGAGGGGGGGUGGUAAACCUGAAUAAGUGUCUUCAGGCUGAUUGUGGAACAGAGAGUAAAAAUACAGAACUGACUUAUCACCAGCCCAGCGAUGAGCACAUAGGGGCAGAGCGCUGGGCUAAUCACGGCGGCCUGGUGGCGUAUCGAGACCGCACUCAGCUCUGCAGCAUCAUCAGUGCUCUGAAAGUCCAACUGAAUGGGAAACAGAAGUGGUAAACACAAACCGAAGCAGUUCCAUAUACGAUUUUAUUCUUGUUUUUUUAUUAGUGUAAGGUAACCCAGGUCCUCCAGUGCCCCUAUCAAGCCUGUUUGAGUGUUCUGUGUUCCAGCGUGCCUGAUUUUUAUCUGAGAGCUCAACCAGCUGAACAGGCAAAUCAACCACUGAGCCGUGUGUGUUGGAGCUGGAAAACGACUAAAUCAUGAUGGAUAGGGGGCCCAGGAACCACUGGUAAAAGGAGGUAUGUGGGCUUUAAUGCAAAACGUCAUAAAUUCUACUUUUAAAGUAGAUGUAUGUAAAUAUGCCACAAAAUAAAUGUAAAAAUGCUAAAUUAAUAUUUAAAUACACACAGUAAGUUUUAUUUUUUACAGGAGAAACAAGUGCUCAACCUUCAAGUUUGCAUAUUUAUUCCAAAACUAGAAUAGAAGAAGCUAUUUUUAAAAGAAGCCUGUCUUGUGACGAGUUGUGUUCUUAAAUGCAGGGAAAAGCCAGCAUUUAAAAUGACUGGCCUAUCGAAAGCUCAAAAAUCAGAUUUUUGUGUGGUCGAGGAACGCACCAUUGGCAAGCAGCAAUAAAAACAAGUUUUCAAAUUUUUGUUAACUCACCAAGUCUUCUUUCACUUUCAGAUUAAUCACUUUGAAUGUAACUUUUUACUGACAAAAUGUGUAUUUGUGGUUGAAGAUUAGAAAUCAGACAACCCAACUUAAACACUGAAUGUAAACAUGAAAGCACUGCGGGUGGGAACGUUGCAUUUUUAGAUUUUGUCCUGAAUCUGACAGCAAAGGCUGGAUAAAGUCGGCGGUGAACUCCGGUUGUCUGAAUCAGCUCCUUGUAAGGAGCAGAUUUACCGGUGGCCUGGCCCCGUUAGCAGUCGGGUAAAGGUCAGCGAGUGGAAAAGCUGAGUUAAGACAGAGAGUCGAGGGUGUUUACAUUCAAAUGAAGAAUUAGACGAGACUCGAACUUCUGGAGAUAACUUGUAAUGUGCAUGAACAUCCUCCCUUGGGUAACUUCAGGCUGCUCACUGAUGUCAUUAAUGGUAUGUUUGUUUCUCUCCUCCCAUAUAUGGUUUUUUUUCAAAAGGCUUGGA